AUGCACAAAGCUCCGACCCGCAGUAAUAAUAACGACAAUUGUUGUGUUUACUGAAACGUAAACGUCGGAGUGGGUGACCCCCUUCGGGGCGGAGCCAGGCGGGUCGGCCUCCGGCGCGCCGGGGCCCGCUGCAGUCCGUGCCGUGCCUCGCGCCUCAACGCACCUCUGACAUGUGACGGUGCCAUGGAAGAGUGUGAUCUGAGUCAAUACCGCGACAUGAUCAUCGAGGGCGACCUUCCGCUGGACUUGCGGCCGCCGCCUCGCCUCUACCUUCCGCACUACCUGCGCGACGAUCGCGAGGACUACCCUCAAGACGAUACCUACGUGUCCGUAGACGAAGACACCCCGGACCUGCCUCCGCCUUCCAGCGACUCUGACAGAUACGACGCGUCCAGCCCCAGUGACACCAAACCCAGUUCCCCAAAGAAGCCGAAAUCGAAGUCGUCUUCCCAGCUCAUCAAGCCGCCCUACUCUUACAUCGCACUAAUAACCAUGGCGAUUCUCCAAUCUCCGCAUAAAAAGCUAACGCUAAGCGGCAUCUGUGAGUUCAUCAUGACCAGAUUUCCUUAUUACCGCGACAAGUUUCCCGCGUGGCAGAACUCCAUCCGUCACAAUUUGAGCCUUAACGACUGCUUUAUAAAGAUCCCUCGGGAGCCGGGGAAUCCUGGGAAGGGAAACUAUUGGACUCUUGACCCGUUGGCGGAGGAUAUGUUUGAUAAUGGAAGUUUUCUCCGCCGUCGGAAGAGGUACAAGCGGCCGGCGCCUUCGUUGCAGCACGCUCACGCAGUGGUAGCGAUGCUGGCGAGGGAAGCGUAUGCUCCGUUACUGCCACUGCCAUGUUAUAUGCCGUCGCCAUUGCUGUCGCUACCACGUCCACCGCCGGCGACUCUACGGCCGGUGCCAUUGCCGCCGCGUCUUCUGGAAACAACGGAUACGCGCAGCAAGAGAUCCCGUAAUGGUUUCUCGAUCGAAUCUAUAAUCGGCUCCCAGGAAAGCCAAGUGUCUGAGCCACGGCGGAGUGCGUUCUCGCCGCUGCAUCAGGGCAUGCCGCCUGACGACUGGGCCAGAUGAGCGUUCUUAAGCGGGUGCGUUUCUAAUCUUAAUUCAUUUUAGAACGUCCCGACGGACAUUGUUUUUGUGGUUCAGAAGGUUUACGGUGUGAGACAUUUACCGUUGCACGGCUUCAAGGUGUAUUUUAAUUAAUUUGGAAAGGGACUUUGUAAAAAGGUACAACUACGCGACGGGUAUUAAAUUAAUUUAUUAUUUCCAUUGUUUUGCAAUUUAUGACCAAAAUCAGUCGGUUACCAGAACUUAUUGCGUAUCUUUAUAUGAUCCUGGUCCGU